AACAUGUUCUUGGACAAGGAAGAGGUAGGAGAAGCAGACGAACGCUAGCGCCAAGAACACCUGGUAGAGCCACUUGGAGUCGGCAGCGAGCAGUACGCAAUUCAGACGAUUAUCUCCGUAGCCAGACCAUCACUUAUUUAUAGCGAAGAACCUUGACGUCGAACAGCAUACCAAUCAGAUGAUGCAGCGCAGAGCAGCUCAAUCCAAAGCCCUAAUGGCGGCGUCCCUUCUCCUUCAGCUGCUGCUCUUGCUGGGCUCGGCGCUGCUCUCUUGCGCGGGCACGUCGUUCCCCGUCAAUGUCUGGCCCAAGCCGGCGUCCAUGUCGUGGGCGGAGCCUCACAUGGCCGUGCCCGUGUCGCCGUCGUUCCACAUCGUCGUCUCGUCCGGGAACCCGUACCUCGUCUCGGCUGCGGAGCGCUACGCCAGGCUGCUGUUCGCGGAGCGGUACCGGCCCAUCGUCCGGCCGGCGGUCAACGUCACCACGGGGAGCGCGCUGGGGAAGCUCACCUUGGCCGUGUCCGACCUCGCCGCCCCGCUCCAGCACGGCGUGGACGAGUCCUACACGCUGGAGGUGCUCCCCACGGGUGCUGUGGCGACCGUCACGGCGGCCACCGCGUGGGGCGCCAUGCGCGGGCUGGAAACGUUCUCGCAGCUGGCGUGGCGGGGCGCCCGGGACCUGCUGGUGGUGGCCGCCGGAGUGCGCGUCGAGGACCGCCCGCUGUACCCGCACCGCGGGCUGAUGCUCGACACGGGGAGGACAUACUUCCCCGUGGCCGACAUCCUGCGGACCAUCGACGCCAUGGCGGCCAACAAGAUGAACGUGUUCCACUGGCACAUCACGGACUCGCAGUCGUUCCCCAUCGAGCUGCCGUCCGAGCCGGAGCUCGCGGAGAAGGGCUCCUACGGCGAGGACAUGAGGUACACCGUCCACGAUGUCAAGCGCAUCGUCGAGUUCGCCAUGAGCCGCGGCGUCCGCGUCGUGCCGGAGAUAGACUCGCCAGGCCACACAGCGUCGUGGGCCGGCGCGUACCCGGAGGCCGUGUCCUGCGCGGGAAAGUUCUGGCUGCCCGGCUCCGACUGGAACAACCGUCUCGCGGCCGAGCCGGGCGCCGGCCAGCUGAACCCGCUGGCGCCCAAGACGUACGAGGUCAUCGCCAACGUCGUCAACGACCUGACCUCCCUCUUCCCGGACGGCUUCUACCACGCCGGCGCCGACGAGGUCACCCCGGGGUGCUGGAAGACGGACCCCUCGAUCCAGGCCGACCUGGAGCGCGGCGGCACCCUGAGUCAGCUCCUGGAGCGCUACGUCAGCGCGGUCCACCAGCUUGUCGUGUCCAAGAACCGCACGGCCGUGUACUGGGAGGACGUGCUGCUGGACGCGGCCGUGAACGUGAGCGCGUCGUUGAUCCCGCCGGCCACGACCAUCCUGCAGACGUGGAACAACGGGCCCAACAACACCAAGCUCAUCGUGCAGGCCGGGUACCGCGCCAUCGUCUCCUCGGCGUCCUUCUACUACCUCGACUGCGGCCACGGCGACUUCGUCGGCAACAACAGCAUCUACGACGACCCGAACAGCGACUUCAACACCAGCGGCGGGUCCUGGUGCGGGCCGUUCAAGACGUGGCAGCGGGUGUACGACUACGACAUCGCGUAUGGGCUCACCCCGGGCGAGGCCCAGCUGGUCAUCGGCGGCGAGGUGGCGCUGUGGACGGAGCAGGUCGACACGACGGUCCUGGACAGCCGGGUCUGGCCCAGGGCGUCGGCGAUGGCGGAGGCGCUGUGGUCCGGCAACCGCGACGCGUCCGGCAGGAAGCGGUACGCCGAGGCGACCGACCGGCUCACCGACUGGCGGCACCGCUUGGUGGGCAGAGGGGUCCUCGCCGAGCCCAUCCAGCCGCUCUGGUGCCGCACACGCCCCGGAAUGUGCAACGCGGUUCAGUAACGACCCGGCAAGGCAACAAGCCGCUUUGGUGCCGUCCGUUCUUAACUACUGUCAAGCACACCUGCAGGCGACUAUUUAUCAUAUCCUACGUGUUAAAUUAAACAAGUUAAAGCGUGAGUGCUGAUUGUGCAAGUUGUUUUUGUACUCGUGCCACCGUUCGACACUAUUUGUUUGUUCUUUUGUUUAAUUAUUUAAAGUGAAGUGGACGGCAUGUUAUCUUA